AUGCGUCACAAUUUUGUACACAAUCUGAUUCUUAAUGAGUCGGACUCUGAUGAUGAGUUAGAGAUAGUUACAGUAGUCAAAAUGGAGGAAGAAUCAAGAUCACGUCGUGGUUCUAUACAACGUCGUCUAUUCAUUAGGCGUAAUACUUUAGAAGGCCACCAAAGGCUUUUUCUCGACUAUUUUGCUGAAUCACCAAUAUAUCCUCCCAAUGUAUUUCGAAGAAGGUUUCGAAUGAAUCGUUCUCUUUUUCUCCGUAUUCAUUCUACACUAAAAGCUCAUGAACCGUAUUUUGUUCAAAAAAGAAAUGGUGCUCGAGUGCUUGGUUUGUCCUCCUAUCAAAAGAUGACUGCUACACUUAGAAUGCUCGCUUAUGGAGUAGCUGCUGAUUUUAUGGAUGAAUAUGUAAGGAUUGGAGAAAGUACUGCAAUGAAAAGUUUAAAAAAAUUUGUUAAAGCAGCGGUUACAAUUUUUUCUGAUGAGUAUUUGAGAUCACCAAACGAAAAUGACAUUGCUAGAUUGCUAACAAUUAGCCAAAGUCGUGGAUUCCCUAGGAUGUUGGGGAGCAUUGAUUGUAUGCAUUGGAAAUGGAAGAAUUGUCCAACUGCAUGGAAAGGUAUGUAUUCUGGUCAUAUUCAUGAACCUACAAUUAUUUUAGAAGCAGUAGCGUCAUAUGACCUUUGGAUAUGGCAUACAUUUUUUGGGUUCCCGGGGUCUCAUAAUGACAUCAACGUGUUAGAACGAUCUUCUGUAUUUACCAAGCUUGCUAAAGGGCGUACUCCUUCUGUCAAUUACUCAAUCAAUGGUAAUGAUUAUACAAUGGGAUACUAUCUAGAAGAUGGUAUAUACCCACAGUAG